UUUACACUGUCGCUGCGUUCACGGCACCGAACUGAGUUAUGGAGUUUUGUCUUGAGCAUUCUGUACAGUUUAGAGCUGGUCUUGUAAACGCUGAAUUUGCUGCCUGAGUUGUCUGUCGGUGUCAAGAAUCGGGAUUACGAACCCGAUAAACAUGGCAGAAAACAUGAUCAUUCGUGUCCAGUCUCCGGAGGGAAUGAAAAAAAUCAACUCAACCAAGCGGGAGACUGCUGCAGCUUUUCUUAAGAAGGUUGCAAAAGAGUUUGGAUUCAACUCGAAUGGUUUUUCGGUCUACUUGAACCGCAACAAGACCGGAGAGAUCCUUUCUCAGAACAAGACGCUCAGCCUGCUUAAGAUCAAACAUGGAGACAUGCUGUUUCUUUUCCCGUCAUCAUCCAGUCAGUCCAGUGAGAACAUGGACACAGCACAGCCCCAUUCUUCCUCCUCCUCCUCCUCCUCAUCCUCCUCCUCCUCCAUGUCUCGAUCUCACUCAGCUCCUCAGUUCUCAGAGGAUGAUAUUGACCAGUACUUGUCCAAACAAGAAGGCAAGAUCUACAGAAACCGAGAUGCCCAACUAUGUCGUCAUGGUCCAAUGGGAAAAUGCGUACACUGUGUACCUUUAGAGCCUUUUGAUGAAGACUACCUGAAUCACCUCGAUCCACCUGUCAAACACAUGUCUUUCCAUGCCUAUAUCCGCAAGCUGACCGGUGGAGCAGACAAGGGCAAGUUUGUGGCGUUGGAGAACAUCAGCUGUAAGAUCAAGUCUGGCUGCGAGGGCCAUCUGCCCUGGCCAGAGGGCAUCUGCACCAAGUGCCAACCUAGUGCCAUCACCCUGAACAGACAGAAAUACAGACAUGUGGAUAACAUCAUGUUUGAGAACCACACCAUCGCCGACCGUUUCUUGGACUUCUGGAGGAAGACAGGAAACCAGCGGAUGGGCUACCUGUACGGCCGCUACACAGAGCACAAGGACAUCCCCCUGGGCAUCCGCGCUGAAGUGGCUGCCAUUUACGAACCGCCACAGAUUGGCACUCAGAACAGCCUGGAACUGAUAGACGAUCCCAGAGCUGCAGCAGUGGAGGAGAUUGCUGCCAAGCUAGGUCUCCGCAAGGUGGGGUGGAUCUUCACAGACCUGCUAUCAGAAGAUACAAGAAUAGGCACAGUGCGUUACACAAGAAACAAGGACUCGUACUUCCUGAGCUCUGAAGAGUGCAUCACUGCCGGACAUUUCCAGAACCAGCACGCCAAUCCCUGCCGGCUCUCUCCUGAUGGCCAUUUUGGAUCAAAAUUUGUCACAGUAGUCGCAACAGGUGGUCCAGAUAACCAAGUGCAUUUUGAGGGAUAUCAGGUGUCUAACCAGUGCAUGGCACUGGUGAGGGAUGAGUGCUUGCUGCCCUGCCGAGAUGCCCCCGAGCUUGGCUACGCCAAAGAGUCCAGCAGUGAGCAGUAUGUCCCAGAUGUCUUCUAUAAGGAUAAAGACAAGUUUGGCAAUGACAUCACACACUUGGCUCGCCCUCUACCUGUGGAGUACUUAAUCAUUGACAUCACCACCACCUUUCCUAAAGACCCCGUGUUCACCUUCUCCUCCAUGCUCCGCUUCCCCAUCGAGAACAGGGAUGCACUCGGGGAGACACAGGACUUCCACAGUCUAGCUACAUAUCUCUCCCAGUGUUCUUCCUCCUCCUCCUUCCUGGACAUUGUCUCUGACUUCCAUUUGCUCAUCUUCCUCGUCACCAAUGACGUCAUGCCUUUACGGGACAGUAUUGGACUCUUGCUAGAGGCUGUGAAGACCUCAAAUGAGGAACUGGCACAGACAUGGAAGAAGUCUGAGCAGUGGGCCACCAUCGAGCAGCUGUGUAGCACAGUAGGAGGGCAGCAGGCAGGCUCUCUGGACUAUGCCAUGGGUGGCCCGUCUGUCCCAGCAUCCUCCUCUGUCAUGUGGUCAUGCGUCCACUGCACCUUCAUGAACCAGCCGGGCACAGAGCAUUGUGAGAUGUGCAGCCUUCCCCGCAGUUAAAAGCCCCUAUAUCCAGUGCUGUGAUCACACACCAUGCUGGGAGAUAGCAGCAGGAGGGGCAUGUCCCAUUCAGACCACGCCCCUCACCCCACCCCCAUUCCAAGCCCUGCCCACUUCUUCCCUGAUUGCGCUGGGUUGCGAAUGCCAGUGGCGUGCUGAGCUCCACAGCCAGUCGAAUGUGCAGAGCUUAUGAUGGCAGUGUGGUCCUGUAGCCUCUCUACAGUGGCCACACGGCAUGCUGGGAUUGAUUUAUGCCGAGGCUCCUCCUUCUCUGCAGUCCAAAUUGUCCUGGCGGUAGCGUAGCUUCCUGGACAUUGAUUAAACUUGCUAAAUUUGUUUGUGGAAUUUGAUUUCUGCACCCCACCUGUUUUCACAACCUUGAAAUGUGUUGUGUAUAUAACAUGCAGAUAAGGAUUGAUACUUUUAUUUAAUUUCAGUGAGGCUUUUCUUUUCCUUUUUUUGGCUCCUUGUUAUAUGUAUAUUGCUAGAAUUGAAUACAGUUUUCUGAAAACUAUGAUGCUGAAAAAGCCCUUGGAGUUUCACAUGAUUAAAGAUGAUACACAAUGUUCCGAACAGGUGGAUAGCACAGACCCACUCAUCUCACCGUAGUUUCCUCAAAGGAGAUUAGAUUAAAAACACCUAUUAAAAGUUGCACAGGCCUCAUUA